GGCCGCUCUAGGCGGGGUGAGGGUGGGUUCUCGCUCCUCGCGAGUCCUCCCCGGCUGCUCCGCUCCGCUUCCGCUUCCGCCGCGGCCGCCCCCGCAGCCGGUGUGUCCGCCGCCGCCCGCCGCCGUGUUUUAAGGAAUUGGAACCAUGACUGACUCCAAAUACUUCACGACCAAUAAAAAAGGAGAAAUUUUUGAACUGAAGGCAGAACUCAAUAAUGAAAAGAAAGAGAAGAGGAAAGAAGCUGUAAAAAAGGUUAUUGCAGCCAUGACUGUGGGGAAGGAUGUCAGCUCACUCUUUCCAGAUGUUGUGAACUGCAUGCAGACUGAUAACUUGGAGCUGAAGAAGCUGGUGUACCUGUAUCUGAUGAACUAUGCCAAAAGUCAGCCGGAUAUGGCCAUUAUGGCAGUCAACAGCUUUGUGAAGGACUGUGAAGAUCCAAACCCUCUGAUCCGUGCUCUGGCAGUCCGUACGAUGGGCUGCAUCAGGGUGGAUAAGAUCACAGAGUAUUUGUGUGAGCCUCUUCGCAAGUGUCUGAAAGAUGAAGAUCCUUACGUACGAAAGACUGCAGCUGUCUGUGUGGCAAAGCUGCAUGACAUCAAUGCCCAGAUGGUGGAAGACCAAGGAUUCCUGGAUUCUCUGCGUGACCUGAUUGCAGACUCCAAUCCCAUGGUGGUAGCAAAUGCUGUUGCUGCCUUAUCUGAGAUCAGUGAAUCACAUCCUAACAGCAACCUGCUGGAUUUGAACCCUCAGAACAUUAACAAGCUACUGACAGCCUUAAAUGAGUGCACAGAGUGGGGCCAGAUCUUCAUCCUGGACUGUCUGUCCAACUACAAUCCCAAAGAUGAUCGUGAAGCUCAGAGUAUUUGUGAACGGGUAACACCUCGACUGUCUCAUGCCAACUCAGCGGUGGUGCUGUCAGCAGUGAAAGUCUUGAUGAAGUUCCUGGAGCUUUUACCCAAGGACUCUGACUAUUACAACAUGCUGCUAAAGAAACUUGCCCCUCCACUGGUUACUCUGCUGUCUGGUGAGCCUGAAGUUCAGUAUGUUGCUCUGAGGAACAUCAACUUGAUUGUGCAGAAAAGGCCUGAAAUUCUGAAGCAGGAAAUAAAGGUGUUCUUCGUGAAGUAUAAUGACCCCAUCUAUGUCAAAUUGGAGAAAUUGGACAUCAUGAUCCGCCUGGCUUCUCAAGCAAACAUUGCCCAGGUCCUGGCAGAACUCAAGGAAUAUGCUACUGAGGUGGAUGUUGACUUUGUGCGCAAGGCUGUCCGAGCAAUUGGGCGCUGUGCCAUCAAGGUUGAGCAAUCUGCAGAGCGCUGUGUGAGCACACUGCUAGAUCUCAUCCAGACCAAGGUCAACUAUGUGGUCCAGGAGGCCAUUGUAGUCAUCAGGGACAUCUUUCGCAAGUACCCCAACAAGUAUGAAAGCAUCAUUGCUACUUUGUGCGAGAACCUAGAUUCCCUGGAUGAACCGGAUGCCAGAGCUGCCAUGAUCUGGAUAGUGGGUGAAUAUGCAGAAAGAAUUGAUAAUGCUGAUGAGCUGUUAGAGAGCUUUUUGGAGGGCUUCCAUGAUGAAAGUACCCAGGUGCAGCUCACACUGCUGACUGCUAUAGUGAAGCUGUUCUUAAAAAAGCCUUCUGAGACGCAGGAGCUGGUUCAGCAGGUCCUCAGCCUGGCCACACAGGAUUCUGACAACCCAGACCUGCGGGAUCGUGGCUAUAUCUACUGGCGCCUUCUUUCCACGGAUCCAGUGACUGCCAAAGAAGUGGUCUUAUCAGAAAAGCCACUCAUUUCUGAAGAGACCGAUCUGAUUGAGCCAACUUUGCUAGAUGAGUUGAUCUGCCAUAUUGGGUCUCUAGCUUCUGUGUACCACAAACCGCCCAAUGCUUUUGUGGAGGGGAGCCAUGGGAUCCACCGCAAACAUUUGCCAAUUCACCAUGGAAGCACUGAUGCAGGAGACAGCCCUGUGGGCACAACUGCCACUACAAACCUGGAGCAGCCGCAGGUCAUUCCAUCGCAGGGCGACCUUCUUGGUGACCUUCUGAACUUGGACCUGGGACCCCCAGUGAAUGUUCCCCAGGUGUCCUCCAUGCAGAUGGGUGCUGUGGACCUCCUGGGAGGAGGUCUGGACAGCUUGCUUGGCAGUGACCUUGGCGGGGGCAUUGGAGGAAGUCCGGCAGUGGGGCAGACCUACAUUCCCUCUUCUGUGCCAGCCACCUUUGCCCCUUCACCCACCCCAGCGGUGGUGAGCAGUGGACUCAAUGAUCUCUUUGAACUCUCAUCUGGUAUAGGCAUGGCCCCAGGAGGAUACGUGGCUCCAAAGUCUGUUUGGUUGCCUGCAGUGAAGGCUAAAGGAUUGGAGAUCUCAGGCACAUUCAGUCACAGGCAGGGACACAUCUACAUGGAGAUGAACUUUACCAAUAAGGCUUUGCAGCACAUGACUGAUUUUGCCAUUCAGUUUAACAAGAACAGCUUUGGGGUCAUUCCGAGUACCCCAUUGGCCAUUCACACACCUCUGAUGCCAAACCAAAGUAUUGAUGUCUCCCUGCCUCUCAACACCUUGGGACCAGUCAUGAAAAUGGAGCCUCUGAACAACCUACAGGUGGCUGUGAAAAACAACAUUGAUGUCUUUUACUUCAGCUGCCUAAUUCCUCUCAACGUGCUUUUCGUAGAGGAUGGCAAAAUGGAGCGCCAAGUCUUCCUUGCAACAUGGAAAGAUAUUCCAAAUGAAAACGAGCUUCAGUUCCAGAUUAAAGACUGCCACUUGAAUGCCGACACUGUCUCCAGCAAACUACAGAACAACAAUGUCUACACCAUUGCCAAGAGGAACGUGGAAGGCCAGGACAUGCUCUACCAGUCCCUGAAACUCACCAAUGGCAUCUGGAUCUUGGCUGAGCUUCGCAUUCAGCCAGGGAACCCGAACUACACGCUGUCUCUGAAGUGCCGAGCUCCCGAAGUGUCCCAGUACAUCUACCAGGCCUACGAUGCCAUCUUGAAGAACUGACGGGAGCUCCGUCUGUGCCUCACCCUGCGGAAGGAGGAGGGAGCAAGGGGUCCCGGAUCCUCCUUGGCCCCGGGCGCAGGGAAAAGCACGCUAACUGGAAGCAGCCGUAUUCAUGUGUAGGAUUUCAGUCAAACGCACUGAUUAAACAAGGUAGCAAUUAGUAUCCACGUGCUAACGAUGAUAGGGAACAAACCCCUUUGAUAUUUUUAGCGUCCAUGGAAGCUUUGUAACCACUGCUUCGACUGUCCCCCGUCCCCCUCGCCCCUCACUCGUUGUCCGUUCUUGUGGGCUUCUCCAUUUUGUGCCAAUGUUCAGUGUUUUCUAAAUGGCUUUAGGCGUAGUUAAGAUUUUGUAAAAUACUGCUCGUUGGAAAAAACAAGCAAAAACCACACGUCUGCUCAUUAAAACAAGGCAAAAGUGUCGAAAACAUAUACUGCACUUUAUUUUAUAUUUUUAUACAUUUUGAGUUUUUUUAUUGUAAUUGGCUUAAAGGGAAAGCAAAACUAGGGAAGUGGUGGGAGCCCUCCAGGGAAACUGGGCUCUAGCAGGGUGAACGCGGCCUCUAAGAACUAGGAACAGAGCCAUCAGUUUGGUCCGUGGAGGCGGACGAAGUCCUAAAGAGACGGUUUUCUAUUACACUUGUGCUGGCAGACUCAACUCUGUUUUUGAUGGUGUGUUUUCACUCUAACCAUCUCUCUGGCUCAUUAGCUGCUGAUUUGAGAAGCAAGGCUUCUCAUGCAGGGAGGAGGAGCUGUGGACCUAGACUGCUAACAGGACAGUGGAGGAUGAGACGAGGAGGGAAACGAGCCCGCCCUUAGUGAAAGGCUCCUGCCAGCACGUGAGGUACGGCCCCCGCGUGCGCGCGCACCCACCCCGAGCCCCUCUGCCCGCUCCGUCCCCGCGCCGGUUGUGGCCGACCUGCCUUUUCGGCUGCGCCAACUCCUGCUCCCCGGCACUGCGGCACUGCGUGAGCCCCGGGAGUCCCUGAGUCUCACGGCAGUAAGUCUGAACAUGGUGAUGCUGCUUCGCCGGCAGGACCGGAGGCAUCAGCAGGGGUCUGGCCCGACCACGAGGGCUCAGCCGCUGCUGGCAGUGCGCCCACAGCUGCUGCGGGGCGCCGGACUGGCUCUCCCUGGUCCCGUCGUGUGCACCAGAAGAAGCCAGGCUGGGUGGCGUGAUGGAGGCAGCCCGGGCUUGGUGGUGUUUGUGCCCUGCUUCCUUGUGUGCUUCAGUUCUGGGGUGAGCUGAGAGUCGAGCAGAUCUUGGAAGCAUUUCUUCCCUUUCCGGCUCCCAGAGCUGGGUCUUGGCUCUCUAUGCCCAAAGGCGCACACAAAGAUGCAGGUUCCUGCCCUGAGCCCCUGCCCUGAGCCAUGCAGUGCCCUGGCCCCCCGUUCCCUGCCCGUCCGUAGGGCCAGGACUGCUUCCUCUUCCCGUGGCUGUGGUGUUGCAGCCACUAAGCACUGCAGCAACAGCAAAGCCUCGUGCAUGCCCCUGCUCCGGCCAUCGCUUGUGCUGCUUAAACCAAGCCACUAACCAGAACAGCUUUGCUCCCCGCAGCAUGCUUAGUUUGAUGCUAUCUCCUCCCAGCGAGCAAAGCUCUCCAUCAUAGCAUCCAUGUUGUCUUUUUAGAUGCCGUAUCCAAGGUCAAUAAUUUUUUGUCUGUUUGGGGCAGGAGAGUUGAUGGUUCCUCAGGGCUCUGGCACUGGCACAGCCAGGGGAGACCCUGUGGGUGCAGAGAGCCCAGGUGAGGAUUGGGGUGGGAGAACUCAGGACAAGGACACCUCUGCAAGACUCUAAGGUUGCAGAUAAGCAGCCAAUGCUGGGAAAAGGCCAAAAUGCAUUUACCCAGCCCUUGCCCUCCAUAAAGAAGGGAAGAGAUUCCAGCAGAGCUGGGAGCUGCAGGACCCCCAAGGAGUUGAGGACCUGCUGUAAGCGCCUCUGCAUGGGGGAAAAUGCAGGGCAGAGCCGGAGGAGCUCCUGAGCUCUGCCUGCGUGGGCUGGGAGAAGCUUUGCUCCAAGCCUUGCUAGGAGCACCAUAAAAAUCACUGUUGGAGCUAUUAAGAAGGUGCCAGUUCACACUGGGGGCCGUGGGGGAAGGAUAGGGAUGGUGCAAGGCUGGGAGGAGGCAGCAGAGGAUUGGAAAUGAACACUUAGGUCCCACUCUGCUUACCAGUCGGUGUAGUUCAGCCCGGGGGGGAUGCAGAGCACCCCCUUCCCUUGUCAGACUUCUUCCUGGCCUUGGUGGACGGGUGUCUCCAGGGAGCUGCCAGGCAGAGCCUGGGCUCAUUCGGUGGUUUGCGGUGUAGUUGUGUUGCUCUUCAGGCUUUACCUGGCGUCCAUGUCAAUAAACGCAUUUCCACGAA